GGAAGAGCGGGUGUGAAAGGCCGAGGCGAACCUGAAUCAUUCUGACAGACUGGGUUUGAGGCAGAUGAAUCGGGCCGAGCUUUGAUUUUUGGGGGGAUUUGUGUAUCUGUCAUCCUUUGGGCAUUGCUGGGAGCAGGCUCUCUCGAUCACGUGCCUUUGCCUGAGGCUGAGGGCGCUUCAUUACUUCUUCCACCGCCAUAUUACAAACUUCAGUAUUUUUCUCUCUUGAAUUUUUCCCGCUCGGAAUACGCAUUGUAGCAGAAAUUAAGAAUUUGCAACUACAGUUAAACCUGUACAAAUGGACGCCUGCAAAUAGUGGACACACACUGACAGCCCCAUAUAAUUUGUGCCAUAAUAUACAAUCUGCCCCUUGAAACCACGGUCACUCACAAAUUACGAACUACAGAGAACUUUCAAAUCUUCAAGUGCGUUUGCAACUGGAAACACUGCAAACAGGUCCCUGAUUAACCUCAUGGUGAAGAUCUAUGGAUUAGGACUGAAGAGAACUUUAUCAACAAUCUCCGGGCGAAGAUAAUCUACAAUGACUGGCAAAACACAGACCAGCAAUGUUACCAAUAAGAAUGAUCCCAGAUCCAUCAACUCGAGAGUCUUCAUUGGCAAUCUCAACACUGCCAUUGUGAAAAAAGCUGAUAUAGAAGCUAUUUUUGCCAAAUAUGGAAAGAUAGUUGGCUGCUCUGUGCACAAAGGAUAUGCAUUUGUACAAUACAUGAGUGAAAGGAAUGCACGUGCGGCAGUGGCAGGGGAGAAUUCCAGAAUAGUUGCGGGACAACCCCUUGAUAUCAAUAUGGCUGGUGAACCCAAGCCUUACAGGCCCAAAUCUGGAACGAAGAGGCCUCUGUGUGCCCUGUAUGGCAGUGGUUAUGACUUUGACUACGAUUAUUACAGAGAUGAUUUCUACAGUCGGAUGUUUGAUUACCACGGCCGUGUUCCACCACCACCUCGUGCUGUUAUACCAAUAAAACGCCCACGUGUCACAAUACCUGUCACACGUAGAGGAAAGGGUGGUUUUCCUAUGAAAGGAGGUCCACGGUCUACAAUCACAGGCACAGCCUCUGCAGGACCAAAAUUGAAAUCAGAUGAGCUGCAGACAAUCAAGAAGGAACUGACCCAAAUCAAAAACAAAAUUGACUUCUUACUUGGAAGACUGGAGAAGAUUGAGAAACAACAAAAAGCAGAUGCCGAGUCACAGAAGAAGCAGCUUGAAGAGAAUUCAGAAUCUGCACAUGAGGAAUCCAUAUCAGAGAAUGCAGAAACCUCCACAGAGGAACAAGUGGAAGGGGGCCCUGAUGUUGAUGGAGAUGGGGAAGAGAUGACAGAUGGGGUGGAAGAAGAUUACGAUGAGGAUGGCAGCAAUGAGAUGAAUGAGAAUCAUGUAUCAGACAUGGAGGAUACACAGUAACUGACACGAAUAGAUAAGUUAAAACAAACUGAAGGAGACAUAGUGGUUGAUAACGAUGGACCAGCUGACAUCUGGAAUAAGGUAUCACCUUGAGCAACAACAGAAGAAAAAAUGUAACAUAUAUUAAGACUGAUAGUCAAUCUUGCUUGGGAGUUACUUCAUCUUUGUUGGAGAUUACAUUCGUGACCUUCGAGAGAGAAACUUUCAUCAGAUUUAAAUUCUGUCCAGUUUGUAUGCUUGUUGGAUUUCCAUAGCCAUAACUGUGGAGGAAUUUUUUUAAAACAUAUAUUCUCAGUAUUUUAAAUGUGACAGAAACACAUGUAUCUCUUUUACAUAUAGCCCAUGAUAAAUUAACGUGGCUCUGUAAAGGAAUCUUAACAGAAAUUAUACUCAUAUAGUACUGGGAUAAAGUUAUUUUGAUAUCAGCAUGUAUUGUCAAACCUUGUUUUCAGGUUUGAGUGAUGUUUCAAGUUGUAAUGUGGUCUUGGCUUUAAGUGUGUUAGAGUAAUUGCAUGAUCUAAUUGAUCAUGUACAAACUACACCUAAUUAUAAUUUUUGUUUGUUGUAUGGGAAAUGUGUUAUAUUAAAUGAGCCAGUGAAUUAAAAAGUACAUGUUUGCAUUAACAAGGAUAGCAGGCAAAUCCAGGGGCCAUAUUCUUAAAAUGAUAUUAUUGUUGCAUUUAACGAUUGCAUUCAUUUUAACCUAAGCCGCCUAUGAGGAAACCCAUGGAAGUAAAAUUGGGUUAGGUUUAAAACUAGCAUUGCACCCAAUUCCAUCAGUUUACUGACAGAAGAGUUAAAUUUCCCCCAGAACUUCAUGAGAUAGUGACCCAGAUUUUCUUUUGUAUUUACUCCUGUUAUGGGGCAGUUUUGGAAAUGGGCGGGGAACCAUUUCACAGUCUCCUUGAUGCUUCCCACCACUUUUAUGAUUGUCCUUAGAGAUAAUGAUGGAUGGUAAAUAUGUAUGAAAAUUACAGGGUAAUAAAAGGAAAACAUCAUCCAA